CAUUUUACGGAUAUCAGGUUGACAACAUUUUUGAUCGAUGGAGUAAACACCACCAUGAACGCUGAUCCGAAAAACGGGACCGUGAAGACACCGGUUUAUAUCAAAGUUGGGGAUCCCAAGAAAGAGUUCUUUUCUGGAUGCUGCAUAUUCGAUGUUGCAUUUCCGAACACGGUGUCAGUGGAGAUUAAUGAAUUCAGCUUCAAAAAUUACUAUGGUCACACGUUGACGGUAAUGGCACGGAGGAAAGAAGAGCCAGGCAUUGAGCCUAAGUGGAAAACAUGUCUAAAGAGAAUGAAGCUUAUGCCAAAUCCACAUUUUGAGACUGGAGCUCAAGAUUACUUUACUGUCACCAGAAAACAGCUUCUGUUUGAUCUCACCAAUGUGACAGGUCUAAGGUUUAUACUGAGACAACCGUCUCCUGUGUGGAAGGAAUUUAAACUGGAAGAGCUGACCUUUGUAAAAACUACUUCUGAGACUGCUAAGAGUGCGCCAUUACCAGCCUGGUUACUGAGGCCUCCAAGGGCCCAUGGAGACUACCCAGAGGAAAAAGAAAUAAAGGGACUUCCUCCCAUGGAUGACCUGUCCAGUCACUUACAACAGAUGUGGGCUAUGGUCCAGCAAGCUACGGCUAACCAGACCCAAGUAUCUCUGGGAAGAUUUGACGUGGACAACAGUUAUGACAUUAAUCUGUUGUCAUAUACUUGACCAAGCACCAUGCCAGUACUUCUGGUAUAUUGUUCUGUGAAGUCGCACAAGGGCAGUCACUGUGAGGAAAUAUGGUGUGGAUAGAAGGGGUGUAGUGUAGUGCAUUUCAUGACAAAGGGAUCAUUUUCAUGACAUCUUGAAGUGACAACAAACCACGGUGACCCUUAGACAACUGCUGGCAGUGAAAUUUUUUUACGGAAGGAUUUUGUGCUGAAUUAAAUAAAUUAAAGAUUAUUAUAAUUAUUUAAGAUCUUUUAAGUUCAGCAGCUAAAUAAACGUAUCAUGAUUGUUUGCAUUGUGCAUAAGAUUAUUUUCAUUGUGGUGUUGACCAGCUGUGAGUUGGUGACUGUUUGUAUUGACAAACAUUAAGUAAAGCAUUUGCUUUAAAUAUCAACCUGUCAUUGAAGAAGUCAGACCUUGGAAAUGUUGAUAUAGAAGUUGUCUGUUAAACAUUCCAUUUGUUUUAACAUGUUGGACUAUCGGCCUGUUGAUAGAAAAGAUAAUUUUUGUCAUCUUUUUAGUCAUGUUUAGUUUUCUUAUUAAUAACUGACAUGCCUAAGCGUAUAUCUUCUUAAGCACGAUUUAUGGUAAACAUUACUCUCUGAAUUGUGAUACUUUUUGUUAAGUUU